AUGGCUCAGAACUCUGCCCAAAUCCCCACUGGGGAGUCUAAUGCCCCCGCCGUCCAGCAAACCCAGGCUGAAGGCGCACAGGAUGCCUCCGCUGCUCCUAAGGUGAAGACCGAGAAGGAACUCGAGCGCGAGCGCAAGAAGGCCGAAAAGGCGAAGAAGUUUGCUGAGAAGCAGGCUAAGGCCGCUAGCAAGCCCGCCGCUGCUCCCAAGGCUGACAAGAAGGUCGCCAAGGUUGAGAAGGAGAAGACCGCAGACGCCUACGACCCCAAAGUUAUUGAGACUGGCCGCCUCGACUGGUGGGAAGAGCAAGACCUCUUCAAGCCCGAAUGGGGUCCCGAUGGCAAUGUCAAGCCCGAGGGUUCCUUCGUCAUUCCCAUUCCUCCCCCGAACGUUACCGGCUCCCUGCACAUGGGUCACGCUCUGACCAACGCCCUGCAAGACACCAUGAUCCGCUGGCAGCGCAUGAAGGGUAAGACCACCUUGUGGCUUCCUGGAAUGGACCACGCUGGUAUCUCUACUCAGAGCGUUGUCGAGAAGAUGCUCUGGAAGAAGGAGAAGAAGACCCGUCAUGACUUGGGACGUGAGGCUAUGACCAAGUUGAUUUGGGACUGGAAGGAUCAAUACCACGCCAACAUUAAGAAUGCCUUGCGCAGAGUUGGUGGUUCCUUUGAUUGGUCUCGUGAGGCUUUCACCAUGGACCCCAAUCUGUCCGCCGCCGUGACUGAGACUUUCGUUCGCCUCCACGAGGAGGGUAUUAUCUACCGUGCUAACCGUCUGGUCAAUUGGUGUGUGGCCUUGAACACCUCUCUUUCUAACCUUGAGGUGGAGAACAAGGAUCUUGAGGGCCGAACUCUCUUGGACGUGCCUGGUUAUGAUAAGAAGGUCGAGUUUGGUGUUCUGACUCACUUCUGCUAUGAGAUCGAUGGCAGCACAGAGCGCAUCGAAAUCGCUACUACUCGUCCGGAGACUAUGGUCGGUGAUACUGGUAUCGCUGUCCACCCCACCGACAAGCGCUACGGGCACUUGAUCGGCAAGAACGCCCGCCACCCCUUCAUUGACCGUCUCAUGCCUAUUGUUGCCGAUGAGGGCGUUGACCCCGAAUUCGGUACUGGUGCCGUGAAGAUCACCCCCGCUCAUGACUUCAACGAUUUCAACCGUGGCAAGCAGCACAACCUUGAAUUCAUCUCCGUCAUGAAUGACGACGGUACCUUCAACAAGAACGGUGGACCUUUCGCUGGCAUGAAGCGUUUCGAUGCUCGUUACGCUGUCAUCAAUGCCCUGAAGGAGAAGGGCUUGUAUGUGAAGUGGGAACACAACCCCAUGAAGGUGCCUCGUUGUGCCAAGUCGAACGAUGUCAUCGAGCCCAUCCUUAAGCCGCAAUGGUGGAUGGCGAUGGAGAGUCUCGCCGGGCCUGCUAUCAAGGCUGUGGAGAAUGGCGACAUUAUUAUCCGCCCCGAGAGCGCGGAGAAGAGCUACUUCCGCUGGAUGCGCAACUUGAAUGACUGGUGUCUGUCCCGCCAGCUUUGGUGGGGUCACCAGGCCCCCGCCUACUUCGUCAAGAUUGAAGGCGAGCAGGGUGAUGACAGUGAUGGUAACCUCUGGGUGACUGGUCGCACUGAGGAGGAUGCGCGCAAGAAGGCCGAGGCCAAGUUCCCUGGAAAGAAGUUCGAGCUGGUGCGUGAUCCCGAUGUCCUGGAUACCUGGUUCUCGUCUGGCCUGUGGCCUUUCUCCACACUGGGAUGGCCUCGCAAGACUCACGACUUUGAGCAAUUGUACCCCACUUCGGUUCUGGAAACCGGCUGGGAUAUUCUGUUCUUCUGGGUCGCACGUAUGAUCAUGCUUGGUAUCAAGAUGACUGGCCAGAUUCCCUUCAAGGAGGUCUACUGUCACUCUUUGAUCCGUGACUCCGAGGGCCGCAAGAUGUCUAAGUCUCUGGGUAACGUCAUUGAUCCCCUGGAUGUCAUGGAGGGUAUUGAGCUGCAGACUCUUCACGACAAGCUGUUGCUCGGUAACAUGCCCGACAAGGAGAUUGUCACUGCUACCAAGUACCAGAAGAAGGCUUUCCCCAAGGGUAUCCCUGAGUGUGGUGCUGAUGCCCUGCGCUUUGCCCUUGUCUCCUACACCACUGGUGGUGGCGACAUUGCUUUCGAUGUCCAGGUUAUUCACGGAUACCGUCGCUUCUGUAACAAGAUUUACCAAGCUACUAAGUUCGUCCUUGGUAAGCUGGGCGACGACUUCAAGCCCCAGGCUAAGGUCACCAAGACUGGUCACGAGUCCCUGUCCGAGCGCUGGAUUCUGCACAAGUUCAACAUGGCUGCUAAGGAAGUGAACGAGGUCUUGGAAAACCGUGAGUUCUCCAGCGCUGCCAACAUCAUCUACCAGUAUUGGUACAGCCAGCUCUGCGAUGUGUUCAUCGAGAAUUCGAAGUACCUGUUGGCCGACGAUGCUUCGCCCGAGACCCGGGAGUCGGCUAAGCAGACCCUCUACACCGCGCUUGAGGGUGCUCUGACCUUGAUCCACCCGAUCAUGCCCUUCGUGACCGAGCACUUGUGGCAGCGUCUGCCCCGCCGUCCCGAGGACAAGACUAUCUCCAUCAUGCGGGCCAAGUACCCCGAGUACCAGGCUGAGUUUGAGGAUCCGGCUGCCGAGGCUGCCUAUGAGCUCAUUUUGAACAGCUCCAAGGCCAUUCGCUCGAUCCUGGCCCAGUACGACGUCAAGACCAAGGGCGAUGUCAUCAUCCAGACCUACGACGCCACGAGCCAGCAGACCGUCUCGGAGCAGAUCACCACCAUCAAAUCACUGGGUGGCAAGACCCUGGGUGAGCUGUCCCACCUCGGCCCCGAGAACAAGACCCCACCGGCUGGGUGUGUCGUGGCUGCCGUUGGCGCUGAGGCUGCUGUCUACUUGCGCGUGUCCAAGGAGGUUGCUCUGGAGCAGGAGGAGAAGGCCAAGGCUGCUCUCGAGAGAGCCCGUGAGACCGUGCGCCGCUCCCAGACCAUUAUGAGUGCUCCCACCUGGAAGGACAAGGUCAAGGUUGAAGUUCGCGAGCAGGAGGAGAAGCGACUCCGUGACGCAGAGAGCGAGGCUGCUCACUUGGAGGAGCAGAUCAAGGAGUUUGAGAAGCUCCGUCUUGAGUAA